AUGCCCGCCAUCAAGCGAGUCGGGAAUUUCCCCGACAUUCCUGAGAGACCCGUUCUCGAUGACAAUGAUGUCGUGGGCAAUAUCCAGCCCGUCGCCGCCUCAGGAUCAGAGCAUCUACACACCUUCGCCGCCCGAGACGAUUCGAACGACCACUAUGCUCCCGGCCAAGGCACCGUCGACCCCAACCACAUCAAUAUGCAAGGACUGUUCGCUCUGUUUGCCAUUCUGGGAGCCGCGUUUGUCAUUGCCGGCAUCUGGUUCUUUUUCUGGGCCAAAAAUGGGGGUUUCCAAUGGCGGCAGGGCGACUGGGAGGAGUACAAGUCCACCGUGCUACGACGCAAAGGACCCGACGGACAAACCCUCAGUAAUGCAACCAAGAGUACCAAGCUAGGAGGCGGCAGUAUCGUUGGCAAAGGCUACAGUGACGAUGGAUACACCGCUACUGAAAGCGGGAUGGGAUACACCGACACGGCAACCACGAUUACCGAGAAGGACCAGCCCAAGAAGAAGCGCAGGUUCCGUGAGACCGCCAAGCAGAAGCUCCUACGGCGGCACAAAGAUGAGAACUGGGAGGGCGAAGCGGACGAGGACGUGCUGGCGUACCGAAAGGAAAAGCCCGCGCGAGUGGGCGGCAUCAACCGCGACGCCGAAGGCACCUACCAUGGCAGUGACUACGACCUGUCCAACCCGCCCAGCCACUACCAGCAGAGCGAGAUGAGUCAAGUGCGCGACUACGCCUACGAGCCGAGCCGCCAGAAACCCAGCCGUCGGGACUUCUCGUUCACCCCGGGCACCGAGGAAGCGCUCUCCCAGCCGCCCACCGAAGACCGUCGACUCCGCGACCCGUCCACGCGCCGCCACAACCGUCGUCGGGACCGCCGGCACCAGCCUCCUCCAACCUCGUCGUCGCGCCAGAGCAGCCCGCGUAAACGCGAGCGACGAUCGAUGCCGGGCCACUACACCGAGCCGCUGGACUUCUCGUCGGCGCCGUCCCGCUCGGAAUACCAGUAUUCGAACGUCGAGACGGAAGAUUCUGGCACGAAAAGCUACCAUCACCCGAUUCCCGGACUGAGCAAGGGCUAUCGUCGAAACGGCGGUCGCGGUCGUCGCCGAGACAGUCUUAGUGACAGCGACGGCGACGAGACUCGGUAUUCCUAA